AUGGAUCCCGUCCGAUUCGAUCCCGAUGAGCACACGCGGAGCCAGCUGAUCGUCGUCAAGGCGAUGCGGGCGAUCUUUCUGCUGCUGUUCGUGGUGGUGGUCUCCCUGGGGCUGGUGACGGUCUCGGAGGACGCCGAGCGGUUCAAGCUGGUCGACAACUGGUGGCUCGUGCUGCUGCUCUCGCUGGGGUUCUUCGGGUGCAUCGUCCUGCUGGACGUCCUGACGCCCAACCGGAAGCUCUCGACGAUCAGCGCGAUCCUCUUCGGGACGCUCGCGGGGCUGCUCGCGACGGUGGUGCUCGGGUUUGUGAUCGAUGUGAUCACCAAGACGUACCAGCUCGACGAGCCCUUCGCGCCGACGAUCCUGCUCACGAAGGUGAUCCUGGGCCUGGGCUUGUGCUACCUGGGCAUCACGACGGUGCUGCAGACGCGCGACGAUUUUCGGCUCGUGAUCCCCUAUGUGGAGUUCACGAAGCGUGUCCGGGGCGUCAAGCCGCUCGUGGCGGAUACGUCGGCGCUGAUCGACGGGCGGAUCUACGACCUCGCGCACACCGGGAUGCUCCCGAGCGAGCUGAUCAUCCCGAGCUUCGUGAUCAACGAGCUGCAGCUGCUGAGCGAUUCGGGCGACCGCCUGAAGCGGACGCGCGGGCGCCGCGGGCUCGAGAUGGUGAGCCGUCUGCAGCAGGAGCCGCGGGCGUCGGUGCGGAUCGAAGAAUCGCUCGCGGCGGGCCCGGUGGACCAGCUGGUGAUCGACCUGGCGCGGGACGUGCCGGCGACGAUCGUGACGACGGACGUGGGCCUCGCGCAGGUCGCGGGGAUCCAGGGCGUGCCGGUGCUGAACGUGAACGACGUGGCCAACGCGCUGAAGCCGAACGUGAUCCCGGGCGUGGGCAUCGAUUUGGAGCUGAUCCGCAAGGGCGAGCACGAGGGCCAGGCGGUGGGCUACCUCGACGACGGCACGAUGGUCGUCGCGGAGAACGGCGAGUCGAAGAUCGGCCAACGCGUGCGGCUCGUGGUCACGAGCACGACGCAGACGAGCGCCGGGCGGCUCAUCUUCGCGCGGCUGCCGGAAGACGACGAGGCCUCGUGA